UAGCAGGCCCAAAAGAGAAGGACGAGCGAGUGGCCAUGCGACAAUGCCUUGAAGAAGAACUCAUCUUCUUCUUAUCCUCACUUCAUCGCACUCAAACGCAGCAAUGGCGCUGAACCUAACGAAUUCCUUUCUUCAACGCCCAAUUUCCCCGGUCGUCGCACCGCCGAAGAAAAAGGAAUUUGGAGCGAGAAGUCACCGGGCGGUGGUGACCUGCCGGAAAAAGGAUCUGCACCCCCAAUUCCACGAGGAUGCUAAGGUUUAUUGCAAUGGAGAGCUGGUGAUGACGACGGGUGGGACCCAGAAAGAGUACUCGGUGGAUGUGUGGUCGGGAAAUCACCCUUUCUAUUUAGGCAGCCGCUCUGCCCUGCUCGUCGACGCCGAUCAGGUCGAGAAAUUCCGCAAGAAAUUCGGAGAGCUGUCGCAGUUGAUGGAGAUUCCUGUCCUUAAAGGGGAAAUCGUUCUGCCCACGAAACGAAAAUCCGGCGGCAAAGGGAAGAAAAAAUAGAAGAGUGCGGAGAGUUCAGUUGGCCUGGUAAUCUUUUUUAAAUUCAACUACUUAAUACGAUUUUGGGGUUUUCUCUUGUAUUUCAUGUAUGUAAUUUAGAACAAUCGAAACUAAUUUGUCUGAAUCGAACAAUUUGUUUCUGUUUGUCGCU